CUCCCCAGAGCCUCUCUGACCACGCUGUCGGCACAGAGCCACCGGCAGAGAGGACAGGUCAAAGGCAUGACGGCUUUUCCGUGAUGCCUGGCCAGUAACAUCAGCCAUGACCUGGAGGGACAGGCACAAGAGGUAGUUUGGUCUUCUUAGCGAGGUCAGCCCAGAGCUCUGCCCCUUGAGGAGAGACCUUCGGAGGUGUUGAAGGAUGAGUGGGAUAAUACCAACUCCUGCUGCUCCCUGGUGAGCUGGGACACCAAGCUCAGACUGCUUUAGACCUGAAGCUGGACUUUACCUGCAGUCCUGGUCUUAGAAGGAAAUGCUGUCUCUCCUCUGUGGCCAUCCCUCAACUCUCAGCGUCUUCCAUUGAACAACUGACUUUCCACUCUAGGAGGCAAGGAUCAAAUGGGUUGAGGACAACUGGCCCUUCUUGGCUUUGGCAAACAGGAUUCUUUGGUGCAUUUUUAAGUGCCAGGACAUGAAAGAGUAAAUCCCUUCUUCCUGCACUCCUGCCUCCUGCAAGCAGCCCUGACUGCGGUCCAAGCCAGCCAGUUAAAGGGUUAACCGUAGCUGGAUGCCUCAAUGGCUGCCUUACUGAUCCCACGGAGGAACAGAGGGAUGAGGACUCGCCUGGGCUGCCUGUCUCACAAAUCAGACUCAUAUAAUGAUUUCACAGCUAUUCUUCCGGACAAGCCCAACCGGGCUUUGAAAAGACUGUCAACAGAAGAAGCUACAAGAUGGGCCGACUCUUUUGAUGUCCUUUUGUCCCAUAAAUAUGGGCUGGCAGCUUUCCGUGCUUUCCUGAAGACAGAGUUCAGCGAGGAGAACCUGGAGUUCUGGCUGGCCUGUGAGGACUUCAAGAAGACGCGCUCGGCGGCCAAGCUGGCCUCCAAGGCCCAGCGCAUCUUCGAGGAGUUCAUUGACGUGCAGGCCCCUCGGGAGGUGAACAUAGACUUCCAGACACGGGAGCUGACGAGAAGAAAUGUGCAGGAGCCCUCCCUCUCUUGCUUUGACCAAGCUCAGGGGAAGGUGCACAGCCUGAUGGAGAAAGACUCGUACCCCAGGUUCCUGAGAUCCAAAAUUUACACAGACCUGCUGUCUCAGACCCAGAGGAGGCUCAGCUAGGACAGCAACGGGGCCCUCAGAAACCACGUGCUUCCCACAACAGCCAAAACCCAUGUCUAAAUGUGAGACUUUCUUGGUUUUAAAAGCAGUGGGAAUGGGAAAAUAGGGAGAAGGGGCAGAGGAAGCUUCCAGAGAGUGACCCAGCCGUGAUAUUAAGACUCUUUGACUAUCUGUGCUUUUUUUCUUUCUCGUUAGCAGUAGCACCUUGCAGUCAUUCCCUCUGUCUAGCACAAACCCACAACCCUCUUGAGUCACAGGGUCACCUGUGGGCAAGGCAAGUUCCCUUUAAAAUGGCUGGCUUGGUUUGUGUAUAAAUAACACCUUUCCAUCCUUCCACACAUCUCCCUGUCUCUCACCUCUCCCUUGUGCUUGGAAGGGCCCCAAGGGCAGUGCUGACACUUGUGAAACCACAUCCAGCCCAUCUCUCACAGGUUGGCUGCUGGGGUCUGGACCAGAGGCUGAGGGGAGGGAGAGAGGAGACAAAGGCACAGGAUUCAUUCCCUUUCUUGAAGUGGGAACCAUCAGCAAACUCAGCUCACCUCCCCCUUUUUUUUUUUUUUUUUUUUUUGCACACCUUAUGACUUGGCUGCUACCUUGUCUCUGCCUCUUUUCCUUCGGGGAUGGAGGCUCAGAGUAUUCUCGAGGUGUUGAGCUUUCCUCGUGAGGAAGGUGAUCCCAAAAGCUCUCACUAGGCCUGGGCAGGCAAAUCUUCUAAUGUGAAUGAUUGUUUUUCGUGGCUAUUAUUUAUUUGUGUGGUAGUUCAGUCUCAGUCAUCAUCCAGGCUCUGUUGUGCUGGGCACUGGACCAAAAUCUCGCACAAAGGGGCUCCUGGCUGCCACAGGCUUGGUGGCUCCUCAGGAACGACCUGUUGGGAGAGAGUGGAGAGGAGGAAUGUCCCCUCUGUCCCUUGCUGAGGUGUAGGAAAAGCACAAGGCCCCUCUGCCACAGCAGAUGGCAUUUUUCAUGGGGUACCUGACCAGCGCGUGGCAACGUGAACGAUCCCAUUUCUAUUUUUGUUAUUUCCUCAUUACUGACUGCUCCUACACCCCGAGUGUCCACUGUGGGUCCAGUGCCCUGCAAAGAGCUCCCCAGGACACAGAGCCCGCUGCAGGGUGCUUGCCCCCAGUGGGACACAAAGCAAGGAGUGAGCAGGAUGGGUGUCGGUGUGUGCAGUGGGGUGUGAGGGGCUCUUUGGCCCUAUUCCCAUAGCCUGGAUGGCCACUGCAGGAGAAUUCUCUGUGCAGAUGUCAGGGGGGUAGCACCUCCUCUGUGCUGGGCAAUAGUUCCUUCCAUCUGAUGGCCCCAUUUCCAUGGCAUUGCUGUUCCAGCUUGGCAGAUUCUUGCAAUAUUUUUGAGGGGAGAAGCAGACAGCCUGUCUGUGGAUUUGAGCCGGCAGACAAGAGGUCUCUUUUCUUAAAUUAAUGAAGGCCUGGAAAGUGACCCGAUGGAUCUUUUUCUU